AUGAACAAAAAAAUGGAAUUUAAAAGUGAGUCGGAUGAUGAAGGAGACUUGGAAGUUGAAUUUAAAGAAGGAUUCCUUGAUUUAUUGUCAGAAAACACGAAUGAAAAACACGAAAGUGCUGUGAAAGAAACUAAAGGUGAAGGUUUGGAUAAAAAAAUAAAUAAAACGCAAUCCGGCUCCACUUCUAAAACCAAUGUGCUACUUUCUAAUCUUAAUUGGUCGGAUUUUUCAUUAUGUAAAUCACUUCUUAAGGCGAUUUAUGAACUAGGAUACGAACAUCCAACGUUGAUUCAAACUAAAGUAAUACCACUGGCACUGGAAGGAAAGGACUUGUUAGUGACAGCAGAAACAGGAUCCGGAAAAACAGCGUCGUUUGUAAUUCCGACAUUGCAAAGAUUGGUGGCAUCUGGAUUCAUAAAACAACGAACAAAAGAUAACUACACACACGGAUUGAGACACGGAACGAAGGUUUUGGUGAUAUUACCAACAAGAGAGCUGGCAGCACAGUGUUACGAAGUGUAUAAAUCGCUAUCUAAGUACUUGACGACAAACGCAGCCCUGUUGACGGGAGGGAUACCAAUAAAGGAGCAGGAGAAUAAGCUGAAGCAAAUACCAGAUACAAUAAUAUGUACGCCAGGAAGAGCACUGGAUAUGCUGCUCAACUCAAGCUCAAUCAACGUGGAAAACAUAGAAGUGGUGAUAAUGGAUGAAGCAGAUAAGCUCCUGGAGUUGGGAUUCAGAGACGAGGUAAGACCGAAAAGAAAAAGUAAAAUGAAAAACUUCUGUAAUAGAAAUAGGCAGACCAUGCUAUUCAGUGCAACGUUGACAGAGGAAACGAAGGAACUGGUAAACCUGUCAAUGACAAACCCGGUGUACGUUAAGGUGGAUGAGCCAACAAAAGUGUCAAAAACGCUGGAGUUCGAAAUGCUAAUGAUACCAAAAGAGGAGUAUAGAGAGGCGUGCGCAGUGUACCUGUGCACAAAGUACUGCAAGGAAAAAACGAUACUGUUCUUUCAGACGAAAAGAGCAGCACACAGGAUGUAUUUAAUAUUUAAGCUGAUGAAACUGAAGUGUGCAGAGUUGCACGGAAACCUAUCGCAAUCAAAGAGGUUUGAGUCGGUGGAAAAGUUUAAAAAAUCUGAGGUGGACUACCUGUUGGCGAGCGAGUUGGCAUCGAGAGGACUGGACAUACCAGGAAUAAAAACAGUAAUCAACGUGGACUUGCCGACAGAUAUAACGAGGUAUAUACACAGAGUGGGUAGAACAGCAAGAAUGGGAUCCUCAGGAAAGGCAAUCACAUUGUACGUGGAUGAGCAAAGAUCGCAAGUUAAGCUGUUUCUGAAGAAAACGUCUACAUUGGGAUCAAAAUAUGAAAAUAAUAAGAGAAAAGUAGCAUCAGGAAUACUUAAUAAGUACAAAAACAGUAUCGCAGAGUUGGAAGAAAAAAUAAAGGAGAUUUUGUUAAACGAAAAGAUAGAAAAGGAUAUAAAAAAGAUUGAUAGCACAAUGAAAAACGUAGAAGGAAAGGAAACAGAAAAAAGAAAGUGGUUUAGAUCGAUAAAAGAAAAGAAAAGCGCAUCAAAACAAGAAUACGUGGAAGCAAAGUGGAAAACACAAAAAAUGGCAGAAAAAACAAAAAAUGAAAUAGAUAAAAAUAAAUUUAAAAAGGUGAAAAGGAUGUUUAAAAAGAAAAGAAAAAAUUAA